AUGUAUUCACCAUUCAAUCACUCGGAGAACUUGUCUGACCAGAAGAUGUCUCUCAAACUGUUUUCACAAUUGGCCGAUAAAUCACACUUAUAUUGGGCCCAAAAAUAUCAUGACCUGAUUGCCGAUGAAACAGACAGUAAUGACAAUAAUAAUAAUAACUUAAAUACAACGAGUGAUUAUGAUUAUGAUAGCAGUGGUGAUACUGAUGGAGAUGAAGAUGAAGAAGAUAAUGGAUGUGAGAGUCAAAGUUUUAUUGAUAAGAUAAGUAAACUUCACUCCGAGGGUCGGGAUGUAAAUCUAACAAAAAAUGUCAAACAUAUUAAUGAGACAUUUGCUGUGCUUAACAAUGUUAAAACCCUUUUGUCAAAUCUGUUUGUAUUUAAUGAACGCGAAAAAUAUAAAGCAAUUGAAUUCUUGUCGGAAAUUGAUUUCAAAAUUUCAUCGCAAUGUAUGACAUCUUUAGUAAAAGUAUUUAAAUCAAUUCGUAAUACAGAGUUUUGGGCCAUUAAAAUGUUGGAUGCAAUGGGAAGUUUCCCGCCCUCUGGCUUUGCUGAGGGAGUGUUGGCUGACUUUGGAGAGUAUGACGAGUGUCUGGAUGUGAAAAGUCCUGUCGAUGAUAAAGAGACACAAAUUAGAGGACAGUAUUGUAUGAUGAAAGUGAUACUACCGUAUCCUAAAUUGGAUAAUAUCAGUGAUGAUAACAAUUUGGAUGAAGAAAUCAAAUUAAAUGAUAAAUUCAAAGCAUAUGAUAUAGAUUUACAAAAGCUUACGCUUAGAACUAUUGUCGAGACUUUAAAUAUAGUUAGCGGUACUAUAUAUCGGAUGGGAAUAUGUAUUCCCAAUACAUGUACUUCAACAGAGAUUGAGGAUGUCAUCAAUAAAUUAUUUGAGCCAAUCACAAAGUUGCCGGUUGAAAUUGAUAAACCCAGUUGUGUGGUCAGAGAUGCACCCGUAGUACUCGAUAGCUUUGAAAAGUUUGCAAUAACAAUAUUUUCAUUAUCGAUAUUAUUUGUCAUAACGAGUACUUUUGCUGAGGUGUAUACCAAUUAUAAUAGAUCUACAAUUCCUCAAACAAAAGAUGAUUUAAUUGAUACAAACAAAGAACAACUGUUGACUUCAUUUUCUUUGAUUCGUAAUACUAGUGCUCUGUUUGCCGAUACAAACGGCAAUUGGCAGGCGUUGGACACAAUUCGUCUUCUUUUGAUUGUUUAUGUAUUUAUAGCUCAUCUAUACAUUGCUGCCACCACUUUAGGAUUGGUUACAUUGAAGAGUUUGUUAACUGUAGUGAUUCCCCGUAUGUUUGUUGAUAAAAGAUAUUGGUUUGCAAGAAAUCCGUUAAUGGUUGACGCCUUAUACUCGCUCAGCGGAUUUUUGAUAUCUUAUGGAUUGUUGAGAAAACUGGACAAAACUAAUGGUCGUUUCAAUUAUUUUCAAUUUAUUGUACAGCAAUGGUUAAGAUUUACAAUACUUGGAUUUAGUUCUUUAUUAUUCUUUUAUUUGUUCCGAUUCACCGGUGAGGGACCAUUUUGGUAUUAUGCCGUUCAAUACAACGAUGGAUGUAAGAAUCCAUCCCAACUGUUCAGGAUUUUGACAUUUCUUAAUAAUUUUUAUGAAUUCAGAAUCGAAACAUUUCACGAAACGUGCAAUCUUCCUCUUUGGUUUUUGUCUGCAUUAAUGCAAUUUUUGAUAAUAUCGCCGGCAUUUAUAUUAUUGUAUUGGCGACGACCAAACCUCGGCAAACAAGUACUCAUCGGAGCACUAAUUGUUACAAACAUAGCAGCAGUUUUGCCAUAUUUUAUAUUAGGUGUGAAACCAUAUCUCCAGAUCCUAAUCCAUGGCGCAAAAUUGUUAAGUGCAAACGCUAAUGACUCAAUCAAUUGGUACCACACAUAUCCAAAUGUCCAAAUUCAUAGCUAUUUUAUUGGUAUCGCCACCGGUUUCAUAAUGAAGAAAGGGAUCAGUAUGAGUGUCAAUCAGGUUAGACUUUGUUGGAUUGGAUCCAUAAUUGGCAUUAUAUCAGUAUAUGUAUGGCAAGCAAGUUUCUGGGGCCCCGGUCUCACUGAACCAGUUAUUAGUGCACUACUUUGGCAUACAUUAGGAAAGUUUAUAUUUGCGAUCAGCUUUUCGUGGAUUUUAUUUGCAAUUUGCAGUGGAAGGGGAUAUUACCUAAAUAUGAUAUUAUCAUGGAGUGGAUUCCGACCUCUGGCCAGACUAUCAUUUGGUAUUUAUUUAUUGCAUUUUCUUGUAAUUGGUCACAGAAUAUUUGAUAUUAAAUAUACACACGUAUCAAAUGAUAGGACAAUGUGGAGAUAUAUAGUUAUUGAUCUCAUGUGUAAUGUCAUAAUUGCCUAUAUUUUCUACAUACUAAUUGAAGCCCCACUUUCUAAUAUAUUUCGGGUAAUAUAUGAUCGAAAACCAGUUGUUGUGUCUAACGAUAAAAAACAACAAUUUGAGUCAUCACUCGCUAAUAAUAAUAAUCCGAAAGUUAAAGACCUAAAUACUUACAUUAAUGUCAGUAAACUUACAAUCAGUGUUAACGGAAAUGUCAACAAAAUGAGUGAAUUAAGCAAACUUUGA